AUGCUCGGCAAGAAGCCCACGACGAGCGAUCGGACGCAGUACCUCGAUCUCGCGGCGCAGAGCGAUAGCCCGGACCCGGGGUAUUAUCCGCGCGACCCGCUGCCGCCGCAGAGCGAGUUUGGCGGGGAGAGCAGUGCAGCUGGAAAGAAGAGGGAGGAUGCGGGCGUGCUCACGCGGCAUGUGUCCACGCGGAGCAAGGCCUCAACUCAAACGCGCAGCUCAGCCCGCUCCGGCGGCAGCGGGCUGUCCGGCGCGACAAAGACGUCGGCCCUCUCGCGCUCCACGCGCCCCACGUCCGGCUCGGGCGAAGGAAAGGAGGCGGGGCCGAGCGGGGGCGGGAGCGGGAUGGAGAGGAGGCCUAGUACGAGGAGUGUGGACUCGGGCGCGACGCUCGUGGGGAGCGCGAUGAGGAGGAAGAUGGACUAUGUUGAUCCGGUGCGCAGCUUUCGGGAUGGGGCUGGACGGCUGGGCAGGAUAAGGGAGUUGAUGGAGAAGGAGAAGCUGGACUACUACAUCGUCCCCUCCGAAGACGCGCACCAAUCCGAAUACGUCGCGCCCGCCGACAAGCGGCGCGAGUGGCUCACGGGCUUCACGGGCUCCGCCGGCGUCGCGGUCGUCUCGCUCUCCAACGCCUAUUUGGUUACGGACUCAAGGUACUGGGGCCAGGCGCGCAAGGAGCUCGAUCGCGAGAUAUGGAGCUUGAUACCGGCGGGCGCGCCGGAGGGGCCGGGGGACUAUGUCGAGUGGCUUGUCGACCGCGCCCGCGCCGCCCGCGUCGGCGUCGACGCGCGCAUGGUCUCGCUCGACAAGGCCACCGCGCUCCAGACCGGCCUGGCGAAAGUGGGGAGCAAGCUGGCGUUCCCGCAUCAGAAUUUCGUUGAUAUUGCCAGGGGCAGCGACAGGCCGGCGCGGAGCAACAAGCCGAUCCAGGUGCACGGGAUCGAGUAUACGGGGCGCGACGCGAGCAAGAAGUUGCGCGAUGUCCGCGACUGGAUUCAAGCCCAACCGCCCGCGGUCCCGCAGUACGCCUCCGCAAAGGCCAAGGCGGCGGGCCCGACGAGCGCACAGAGGCAUGUGGGGAUGAUGGAGAGCGGGUUGAGCGCGAUCGCGUACGUGCUGAACCUGCGCGGGGACGACGUGCCGUUCAACCCCGUGUUCCACGCGUACCUCUAUAUUGGCCUGGAUAAGACGAUAUUGUUCGUUGAUUCGGGAAAGUUGCGGCGCGAAGUGAAGGAGUACCUGAACGGGCUAGGCGUGACGGUCAGAGAGUAUAAUGACGUGUGGGCGUUUUUGAGGUUGAGGGAGUGGGGCGAUGGGAAGAUCCUCAUUAGCGGCACAACGACAUACGCCAUCGCGCUCAUGCUCACCAACUUCCGCUACACGCACGCGGAGCCGAUUAUAGACGCCAUGAAGGGCGUGAAGAACGAGGUCGAGAUUCAGGGCUUGAAGCGCGCAUACACCCGCGACGGCGCCUGUUUCGUGCAGUUCUUCGCGUGGCUGGAAGAAGCGACAGCCAAAGGCGUCCAAGUAAGCGAAUGGGAAGCCGCCUGGCGCCUCACCGAGUUCCGCCGGCGCGCCAAGAACUACCGCGGCCUCGCAUACGAGAACAUCUCCGCCACGGGCCCGAACGCCGCGCUGCCGCACUACAGCCCGCUCAAGAGCGAUUGUCUGUUGAUCGACACGGAGACGCCGUAUUUGAACGAUUCGGGCGGGCAGUAUUUGGACGGGACUUGUGAUACGACGCGGACGGUGCAUUUGGGGCGGCCGAGCGAGGAGAUGUGUGAGGCGUUUACGAGGGUUUUGCAGGGGCAUAUCGCGAUCGACACGGCCGUCUUCCCCGCGAAAACGACGGGCCGGCAGCUCGACGUGCUCGCGCGGCACAAGCUCUGGCAGGACGGCCUGAACUACCUCCACGGCACAGGCCACGGCUUCGGGAGCUACCUGAACGUGCACGAGGGCCUGCACAGCUUCUCGAACGAGGUCGCGCUCGUGCCGGGGCAUGUCAUUACGAAUGAGCCGGGGUAUUAUAAGAACGGGCACUUCGGGAUCCGGCUCGAGAGCGCGCUCGUCGUGCGCGCCGUGCGGACCAAGCGCGAGCACAACGGCCCGAUCUGGCUCGGCUUUGAGCGCCUGACGUGUGUGCCGAUCCAGACGAAGAUGUGCGUGGAGGAGCUGAUGAGCCGCGAGGAGCGCGAGUGGGUUAAGGAGCACAACAGGGAGUGCGUGGAGCGGCUCGAGCCGCUGCUCAGAGACGAUAAGCGCGCGUUGAGGUGGUUGAAGCGGCAGGCGGAGCGGCCGUUGGGCGUGCAGCCUGUUGGGCCCGGCGGGGUGCUUAUUGAGUGGGAGUAG